AUGACUCUAACGGACUAUCCGACAUUCUCAGAAAGCCCUUUCUUCUUCGACCGUCGCUCAGCUAGUAUACCAGAGCAGGAAGAUGGUCUGGUGGGUCCCCACUCGGCACCUAGAGUAGCGUAUUAUCAUCCCAAGAACGUGGGGAACUAUCAUUAUGGGGAACGCCAUCCAAUGAGACCACAUCGUAUGGAACUUACCAAUCAACUAGUCCUGGGGUACAAGCUACAUGAGAAAAUGACGAUGCACGCGCCUAGGAAAGCUACGGAGCAGGAGUUGUUGGAGUUUCAUGAUUCGGACUAUGUGGAUUUCCUCAAAAGGGUAACUCCCAAAAACGCCCAGAACCUCACCAAAGACUGGACGAAAUUCAAUGUAGGAGACGAUUGCCCGAUAUUCUACGACCUUUUCUCAUUCUGCCAACAAUACGCUGGAGCAAGUUUAGCUGCCGCCAGGAAGUUAUCGAGCGAUUCUGCGGAUAUAGCUAUCAAUUGGAGUGGGGGUUUACAUCAUGCGAAGAAAGGAGAGGCGAGUGGUUUUUGUUAUGUUAACGAUAUAGUUUUGGGUAUAUUGGAGCUACUAAGGUAUCAACCCCGUGUAUUAUAUAUCGACAUUGAUAUCCACCACGGUGACGGUGUCCAAGAAGCCUUCUACCUUUCUAACCGAGUCUUAACUGUAUCUUUCCACAAAUACUCGGCCGAUUUCUUUCCUGGUACAGGUAACCUCUCCGAGAUCGGUUCAGAUCUAGGCAAAUACUUUUCGUUGAAUGUACCACUUCAAGAUGGUAUAGAUGAUGAAUCAUACAUAUCCCUCUUUAAAUCCGUUAUGGAACCAACUAUUACCACCUUCCGACCAUCUUCCAUCGUCCUUCAGUGUGGUGCUGACUCAUUAGGAUGCGAUAGAUUAGGGACUUUCAAUCUGUCCAUAGCUGCCCAUGGUGAAUGUGUGAGAUUCAUCAAAUCGUUCAAUCUUCCAUUGCUGGUCCUAGGAGGAGGUGGGUAUAGACAAAGUAGUGUAGCUAGAUGUUGGGCGUACGAAACUGGAGUUUGUCUAGGUCUGAACCUACCGAAUGAUCUACCCGAAACGAACUAUACGGAAUUCUUCGGUCCAGAUUAUCAACUUCAUCCUCCACUUACUGGUAAAAUCCAAAAUCUCAACACUCGGCAAAGUCUCGAGAGGAUACGGAUGACGAUUAGAGAGAAAUUGAGAUAUCUCGGUGGUGCGCCUAGUGUCCAGAUGCAAGAGAUACCUAAUGACUUGAUGGGAUUCCUGGCGUCGGAGGAAAAAGAUGAGAAUGAGUUGAUAGAGGAGGAACCAGAGACACGAAAAGAGGGGAAAUUGAAUAAUGGUGAUUUGCUAGAGAGGGAGGUGAAUGGGCUGGGGAAUGGAGAGAAUGUUGGGGGAUUGCCACUGGGUGGGAUGAGAAGGAAGACGAGCGUUAGGAUAUAG